UGACAAUGCCUCGCAUUGUAGGUUUCGAGGGCAUAAAUCCUCUAACGGUUUACUACUGCUACGACGUGGAUGCUACUUUCUGGCUCACUGUAUUGGAAGUGCACAAUACGUUUGGCGAGUCUCACGUCUAUCUACUGCAACCAGGAGUGGAGGAAGAUAUACAUAGAGCAGGGUGGGACCAUCAAUGGACGUUGCGUCGUGCUUUCUUCGUCUCCCCAUUCAACAAUCGCACAGGAUCAUACGUCAUCUCGGUCAAGACACCAUCAUCUCCGCCCUUCCCCCAUUCUUCUUCACUCAAGGCGGAGCCUCCUCGCCCGUCCGUUUCUGUACAUUAUCACCCGGACACCAAUGACCAACAAGACGAUACCUCUAAUUCUACACUCAGCCCGCUCAAGCUCUCUGCGCUUCUGCGACCCACAUCAGCUUUACCACUCACCCCUUCUAACCUUCUUCAAGCACUCUUCGUCAUCCCUCUUGACCCGACGCGAAAUUCAAGAUUAUCUAUGCCCCUUGGCGUAGCUCUCUUCUUAACUAUGCCGCGAAUUUUGGGCGAAGCUCUUGUCCUUCAUUACCGCAAACAGCUACCAAUAUUUGCUAGACCAGAGCCGGUCGCCGCUAUCAGACUGUGUCCUGCGGGUGCCGACACGGCAGCAAAGGCCGACGGUGUAUGUCCGAUACACGUUCCGGGAACAACGAAGGCGCAGCCACCUUCUUUGCUACAGGAUUUGGCAAGGAAGCGAGUAUAUGCGUUGCUUUCUCAUCGGUUGGCUGAAGCUACAAGGCCUACCGUUGUUGAGCUACUUGGACCGGCCAUCGGCGAGCGGGCUGUCUUUGCCUCCCCUUCUUCCGAGCCAUCUCAAAUAGAAGGGAGCGUCUCUGUGAUCAGAAUCUCUGUUCUCGCCCACGGUUUCUACUCGCUCCUAUUUAUGGCACCUUCCGCUCGUGCUGCUCUCCUGGCAGGCGGUCGAAUACUUUCGAAAUCAGAAGACGGUGAUACAACCUGGAAAGGCGACAUGCAACAUCAUGCGGAGACGCAAGAUGCUCAGUUUGCUCUGCAAGAAAGCGCAGUGCCAGGUUUCCUCUCACUUUUUUCGGACGACACACUGCACCUUCGAACACCAGACUCACAUCCCACGAUGAUGCAACGUAUAAGGCAGCGUGCCUCUGGUCUUCCUCUCCCUCUCCCUGCUAGACACCCUCUUGACAAGCCCGAGGCAGGAUCGUCGUUUUCUACUAUGUCUUCUGUUUUUCUGCUAUGUAUACUGCUGGCCUUGGAUGAACUAGAGCGGAUCGCGUAUGCUCUCGCACACGUGCAGUUUAUCCUUAACGGGGAACCGUGGGGACGCGCUCGCUGGAGUCGAGCCCGAGCGAAGUUAGCGAACGAGGAGAAAGAGAACUAAAAUCUGACUCGGACAUCAUAUGUGCUAGUGGUUAUAGGCUAUGGACGUGUACUUCAGACAAGCAUCUUUUGCAUUUAGAGUGGCUACGGAAAUCUCAAUGUGACUAGACGGGCCAUCUGAUAAUUUGGUUGACGUUCCGUAAGAUCUUGCUUGUUUUGACAUCUACCGUAAAAGUGGGUG